AUGGGAACUCAACAAUGUGAUUUGUCUGGAAAAAAUGCUCAGAUCGACUCUGAGUGUUUAGAUAACGAACAGAGAGUACUUGGUGAUGAGGUAACUGAUUCUGUUAUUGAUGAAAAAACAGUUCAGGUUGGUUCCGAGGGUUUAGACAACGAACAUAGAGUACUUGGUACUGAUGAAACUGAUUCUGUUAUUGAUGAAAAAACAGCUACGAUCGGCUCUGAAUGUUUAGACAACAAACAGAGAGUACUUGGUACUGUGGCAACCGAUUCUGUUAUUGAUGAAAAAUCAAAUCAAGUUUUGGUGAAUAUGACUGAGAACUCUGUUAUUCAAUUGCCCGAACCCUCUGAACAAGUCCCUGUUUGCUUGUCUGAUGAUAAAUCGGUAAACAAAUGUCUUCAAAAUAAACCUGGGGAAGCGAGUGAUGCAGCAACUUCCCUUAUUGAAGAACAAGCACAAUCCGUUCCUGCUCAAGUGAACUCGAAUUCUGCAAAUAAGCCAUCGGAUCCAUCUUCUAGAGAUGGCGUGAAAGAUAUUAGUCUUCCAAAUGAGCCUGGUGAAACGAGUGAUACAGUAACUUCAUUUGUUGUUGAAGAACAAACACAAUCUGUUCCUGCUCAAGUGAACUCGGAUUCUGCGAAUAAGCCAUUGGAUCCACCUUCUGGAGAUGGUGUGAAAGAUAUUAGUCUUCCAAGUGAGCCUUGUGAAAUCAGUGAUGCAGUAACUUCCCUUGUUGUUGAAGAACAAACACAAUCCGUUCCUGCUCAAGUGAACUCGGAUUUUGCGAAUAAGCCAUCAGAUCCACCUUCUGGUGAUGGUGUGAAAGAUACUAGUCUUCCAAAUGAGCCUGGUGAAAUGAGUGAUGCACUAGCUUCCGUUGUUGUUGAAGAACAAACACAACCCGUUCCUGCUCAAGUGAACUCAAAUUCUGCAAAUAAGCUAUCAGAUCCACCUUCUGGAGAUGGCGUGAAAGAUAUUAGUCUUCCAAAUGAGCCUGGUGAAACGAACGACACAGUAACCGGCCCUGUUGAAGACCACACACAAUCUAUUCCUGCUCAAGUGAAUACAGAUUCUUUGAACGAGCUACGGGAUCCACCUUCUGGAGAUGUUGCUAAAAAUGUUAGCUCUGAUUGUUCAGAAAGAAAGUCAAAAAGCUUAGCUCGUUCAAGAUCGAGUCAAGGGGGUAAAAGUAACUCAAAACUACCGAAGAAGAAGUAUAUAUUGAGGUCGUUGAGAAACAGUGACAGGGCUCUGCGGUCAAGAGAUAAUAAACCUAAAGCUCCUGAACCAAUUAAUAAUGUUGCUGAGGUUAACAAUGAUGAAACGAAGACAAAAAAAGAGAAGAAAAAGAAAAAGGCAAGAAAAGAGGGAAUUAAUGAUCAAUUUUCUAGAAUCAGAGCUCAAUUGAGAUAUUAUUUAAACCGAAUGGGCUACGAACAGAGCUUGAUCGAUGCUUAUUCUGGUGAGGGCUGGAAAGGAGGCAGUUUGGAAAAAUUAAAGCCUGAGAAGGAGAUUCAACGGGCUAAGUCUGAAAUUCUUCGACGUAAAUUAAAAAUUAGGGAUCUAUUUCAAAAUUUGGAUUCAUUGUGUGCUGAAGGAAAGCUUCCUGAAUCAUUGUUUGAUUCCGAGGGAGAGAUUGAUAGUGAGGAUAUAUUCUGUGCAAAAUGCCAGACCAAAGUGUUGGGCACUAAUAAUGAUAUAAUUCUUUGUGACGGCGCUUGUGACCGUGGAUAUCACCAGCUCUGUUUGGAUCCUCCGUUGUUAACCGAAGACAUUCCACCAGGCGACGAGGGUUGGUUAUGCCCAGGAUGUGAUUGCAAAGAUGACUGCAUUGAUAUUGUUAAUGACUUGUUAGGGACAAGUCUCUCUCUUACUGACACUUGGGAGAGGGUUUUUCCCGAAGCAGCUACAGCGGCUGGAAGUAUCUUGGAUAACAACUUGGGACUUCCUUCAGACGAUUCUGAGGAUGAUGAUUAUAAUCCUAAUGGUCCAGAGGAUGUGGAGGUUGAAGCAGGUGAAUCUAGUUCUGACGAAUCUGAGUAUGCUUCUGCUUCUGAGAAAUUGGAGGAGACGCAACAUGAGGAUCAAUACAUGGGUCUUCCUUCUGAUGAUUCAGAAGAUGAUGAUUAUGAUCCCGAGGCUCCAAUUCUUGAUGGUAAAGCCACUGAAGAAAGUUCAAACUCUGAUUUCUCAUCUGACUCUGAGGAUCUUGCUGCUACAAUUAAGGAUAACAUGUCCAUUGAACAAGAUGGUGAUGUCACAUCUUCAUUGUUGGAUAAUGUUCAGAGGAAAGGUUCUAAUAAACAAAAUCGCAAGAAGCCAUCUAUAGCCGACGAACUGUCAUCUUUAGUAGAGCCAGAUCUUGGUGGAGAAGAUUUGACUCCGGUUUCUGGGAAAAGAAAUGUGGAAAGGUUGGACUACCAAAAGCUGUACGAAGAGGCAUACCACAGUGAAACUAGUGAGGAUGAAGAUUGGGCUGCCACCGUUACUCCAAGUAGAAAAAAGAAACUAACUGGCAAAAUUAUUCCAGUGUCACCAAAAGGAAGUGCCUCAAAUAAUUCCAGACAUUCUGCUAAGAGGAACUCCCAUCAGCAUAAAGUUAAAAAUACAAAUAAUUCACCCACCAAAACACUUGAAGGAUGCACGGAAUCUGGUUCCAGGGGUAAAAAGCGUGGAUCUCCACACAAAAAACUUGGAGAAGCUGCUGUUCAGAGGCUUUACAAAACUUUCAAAGAAAAUCAAUAUCCAGAACGAGCCACAAAAGAAAGCUUGGCGCAAGAAAUUGGACUCACAUUUAAUCAGGUUGACAAAUGGUUUGGAAAUGCUCGAUGGAGCUUCCGCCAUUUACCACAAAUGAAAGCAAGUCCAGGUAGUAAUGCUUCGCAGCAGGUCACUGACAAUGGAGCCGAAAAUAAAGGAGAGAAGGAACUUGAAUUAGUUUCCCAGGAGACUAUGGGAGAAAAAUCAAGAACCCCGACUUCUAAGAAAAGGAAGCAGCAGGCCACUGACAGCGGGGCUCAAAAGAAAGGAGAGAUGAGUAAUGCUUCACAGCAGGUGACUGACAAUGGAGCAAAAAAUAAAGGAGAGAAGAAACCUGUAUUAGUUUCCCAGAAGGGUAUUGGAGAAAAAUCAAGAACCCCGAAUUCUAAGAAAAGGAAGAAGCAGGCCACAAAGAAAGGAGAGAUGGGUAAUGCUUCACAGCAAGUCACUGACAAUAAAGGAGAGCAGGAAUCUGGAUUAGUUUCCCAGAAGAAGACUAUUGGAGCAAAAUCAAGAACCUCGAGUUCUAAGAAAAGGAAGCAGUUGUCUGAGCCGCAGGCAUCUGAAGCAGGAUUAGCUCCUAACGACCCAACCCCACCAAAAGUUGAAACAGGCAAGAAAACAAAGAAAAAGAAAGGGAAAUGA